AUGAAUCGUCUAUUUGGUAAAGGCAAGCAAAAGGAACCACCACCGAAUCUCAAUGACUGCAUUGCUGGUGUGGAUUCGAGAGCUAAAUCUAUUGAAGAAAAGAUUGCAAAACUUGAAGCUGAGCUACGUAAGUAUCGCGAUCAAAUGUCAAAGAUGCGUGAGGGACCAGCAAAAAAUUCAGUCAAACAAAAAGCUAUGCGCGUAUUAAAGCAGAAAAAAGCUUAUGAACAACAAGCUGAGUCUUUGCACAAUCAAUCAUUUAAUAUGGAACAAGCCAAUUAUGCAGCACAAUCUCUUAAGGACACACAAAAUACCGUGGCUGCAAUGAAAGAUGCAAACAAAGUUAUGCAGAAAGAGUUUAAGAAAAUCAAUAUCGAUCAAAUUGAAGAUAUACAUGAUGAUAUGGCUGAUAUGUUAGAACAAGCUGACGAUGUGCAGGAAGCAUUGGGACGCACUUACGGUAUGCCUGAAGUUGAUGAUGAUGAGCUUGAAGCCGAAUUAGAUGCUUUAGGUGAUGAGAUUGCUUUAGACGAUGACACUAGCUAUUUAGAUGAUAUGGUUAAAGCGCCGUCUGCACCAGAUAAGGAACCUGGUGCAGAUAGCAUUGUGCCAGGAAAGAAUCAAAUUGAAACUGAUGAGUUUGGACUUCCUAAAAUACCAACUUCUCUAAAAACCUCAUAAAUAAUUUCAAAAUUAUUUGCUUAUAUAUUGAAUAUAAUAUUUAUAAAAAUUUAAAAGUUUACA